ACUCGUGUGGAGAGGGAUCCGCUAUUGGUCCAAACAGGCGGUGACUGGACCGGGGUGAAAAUACUUGAAGGAUCUCACGAGAAAAUGUGAGAUUUUACCGAUUAUUGUUUACAUAGCAAAACAUGAGAACCGAACCAAAUCGAUUCGGGUUCAGCUGAAACGCUCCCGAAACCACUCCGGUUUCUCCCCUUGCAGCCGCUGAGCGGAGCGAACCCGAACUUUAGUGCGGAUCGCUGGAAAAGGACCCUAAUAACGAAGAAAAGAGGGGGUGAAGCUUUGAAGCUUUAAGACAUCAUCUUUUUUUUUUUUUUUAACCAGCUGGGGGAAAACACACGCAGAUUGUGGGUCUCCAUCGAAAUCCCACAGCGAGAAAAGAGAUGGGGAUUCCUUCCUGAGGACGGGAAGGCUGGUUCCGGGGGGGAGCCGAGGAGGGAACCCUCGCCGCUCCAACGGCUCUUUCUCCGGGGACACUUGCCAGGCGACACCGCGGCUGCGGAUGCGGCCUAACCGCUGCACACCAAAGCCAUGAUGGAAGAACUGCACAGCUUGGACCCCCGACGGCAGGAGCUGCUGGAGGCUCGCUUUACUGGGGUCGGUGUGGCUAAGGGCACCGGUCAGGGUCAAAAUGAGUCAUCCAAUCAAAGUUUAUGCAGUGUUGGUUCACUCAGUGACAAAGAGCUGGAGACGCCUGAGAAAAAGGCAAAUGACCAGAGAGUGAGAAAACGUAAAGCCGACCACUUCGACAGCCAGGGAAAAGCAGGAGCAAGAGGACAUAAAAUUAGUGAUUAUUUUGAGUUUGCGGGAGGUAGCGGCCCUGGCACCAGCCCUGCCAGGGGAAUGCCUCCAGUGGUCCGCUCUUCCCCACAACACUCUCUCUCCAACCCUCCUGUCACGGUCCAGCAGGGAAGUCCCUCCUCCAUGUGCUCGGUCAACGCAGAGCUCUCCUCCAGUUCAAUGAAGCCCGUUCCUCUUCACGUGUUCCACAAAGCCACGCAGUCUGACCUUACUAUAGAGAAACUAACAGCAAUGGAGAACAACAAGAACUCCGACCUGGAGAAGAAGGAGGGCCGAAUAGACGAUUUGCUGCGGGCAAACUGUGAUCUCAGAAGACAAAUCGAUGAACAGCAGAGGAUGCUGGAGCGAUAUAAAGAACGUUUAAAUAAGUGUGUCACUAUGUCCAAGAAGCUCCUGAUAGAAAAAUCCAAACAGGAGAAGAUGGCGUGCCGGGAUAAAAGUAUGCAGGACAGGCUUCGACUAGGCCACUUUACCACAGUUAGACAUGGAGCAUCUUUCACGGAGCAGUGGACGGAUGGAUACGCCUUCCAAAAUCUUAUCAAACAACAAGAGAGGAUCAACUCUCAACGAGAGGACAUUGAAAGGCAGAGGAAGCUGCUGGCCAAACGCAAGCCGCCUUCCAUGGCCCAGACUCCACCACCAAGCCUGGAGCAAAACAAACGCAAAACCAAGACCAAUGGAGCAGAAAGCGAAGCAUUAUCACAGGCAGAGUAUCACGAGCAGGAGGAAAUCUUUAAACUGAGACUGGGACAUCUCAAGAAGGAGGAGGCUGAGAUCCAGGCAGAGUUGGAGAGAUUGGAGCGAGUACGAAACCUACACAUACGUGAGCUGAAAAGGAUCCACAACGAGGAUAAUUCCCAAUUCAAAGAUCACCCUACGCUAAAUGACAGAUACUUGCUGCUCCAUUUACUUGGGCGGGGAGGUUUCAGUGAAGUUUACAAGGCUUUUGACUUAACAGAGCAAAGGUAUGUUGCAGUAAAAAUCCACCAAUUAAACAAGAACUGGAGGGACGAGAAGAAAGAAAAUUAUCACAAACAUGCGUGCAGAGAAUAUAGAAUCCAUAAAGAGCUGGACCAUCCACGAAUAGUUAAACUCUAUGACUACUUUUCACUCGACACUGACUCGUUCUGCACAGUCCUGGAGUACUGCGAGGGCAACGACCUGGACUUCUACCUGAAGCAGCACAAGCUCAUGUCGGAGAAAGAGGGACGUUCCAUCAUCAUGCAGAUAGUCAACGCCCUCAAGUACCUGAACGAGAUCAGACCGCCCAUUAUCCACUAUGACCUUAAACCCGGUAACAUCCUGCUUGUUAACGGCACUGCCUGUGGAGAAAUUAAGAUCACAGACUUUGGCUUGUCCAAGAUCAUGGAUGACGACAGCUACAACUCAGUGGACGGGAUGGAGCUGACUUCGCAGGGGGCAGGAACAUACUGGUACCUCCCCCCUGAGUGUUUCGUGGUGGGUAAGGAGCCACCAAAAAUCUCCAACAAAGUAGACGUGUGGUCUGUGGGAGUUAUUUUCUACCAGUGUUUGUACGGCCGCAAGCCCUUUGGCCACAACCAGUCCCAGCAGGACAUCCUGCAGGAGAACACAAUUCUGAAGGCCACGGAUGUUCAGUUUCCUCCUAAACCUGUAGUCACACCUGAAGCUAAGGCCUUUAUAAGGCGCUGUCUAGUCUACCGUAAGGAGGACCGCAUCGAUGUGCACCAGCUGGCCAGCGAUCCCUUCCUAAUGCCCCACAUCCGCAAGUCAGUGGCCUCGUCCAGCAGCGCAGGGAUGGCCAUGGCCUCCACAUCCAGCUCCUCCAACAGCAGCGCUUCAAACUGAGACCACACGCCGAAGUGACUGACUAAAUACAUUGAAAGGGUGGGAUGGGGCGGGGCCGCCGUCACGCCGCCUCCCCUCUCCCAGCUCCAUCCCACCACGCCAGGAAGAGCUCAAGGGAAAGUGGUCAGAUGGCAGCGAGGGGUGGGUGAGAAGUCGAGGGUUGGGAAGGAGACGGUGGCCCUCCGUCCCGCUGAUGCCCAUCCACCCCGGCCCAGCUGGCCUGCUUUCUCAAAAGAGUGCCAUUGUUCCGGGGGUCAAAGCCCUGGACCACUCGCAUUACGAAGGGAGGGGUGGGAGGGGCAAAGUUUUGGCACAAUGUUGAUGAAAAGUGGCGUUCAGUGUUUCAGAUUUUAAUUUUUUUUUUUGGUUCUUUUUCUGCUUCAAAAAAAAAAAAAGAGAAAAUAAAAUGAAGUAUAAAACUGCUUCAGCUUGGCCAGAUGGAAGGGACUGGGGAAAGCCUCAUACUCGUACGCGCACUCAGACACACACCCAUGCAUGAGCCAUUUGGGUCCAAGUUAGUCAGAACUCCCCGAGCUCAAACAUGUUUGUUCGUUCUCAUCUUUGAAGCUAAGAGAGAGGGCUAGUUUGGUCUGGUAUUGUACUGAACCCUAAACACCUACGGCACAAUUUCAUCCAGCUUGAUGUUCUGGAACUGCACCGUUUAAAUUCCACCUCCCCCCCCACAUAGUUUGUGACGAGGAGGGACCGAAGUAACCAUCUCAUCCAGCCCCCUCCUUCCCCCCCGUCCUCGUCCAACUCCUGUGACCAAAGCUUUUAACUUCCAGCUGGUGGCGGUGUUCCACCUCAGUUUUUAUAAUGAACGGUUUUAGAGUUGUUAUACUUGACAUGGAGUGGGAGCUGCUGAGAAAUGACCCAUUUUUCAAAAAAGAAAACACAAAAAAGACAAAAAAAAACUGUUCAAUUUCACCAGUCUUUGGGGACUCUGUUGUUUUCAAGUUGCCUUUAAUUAGAAUUGUUACUGUUUUGAUUGCCCCCUCCUACUUCCCUGUCCAUAAACACACAUAUUUAUUUAGCUAUGUUUGAAUUUAUUUUUGGCCAAUAAAAUGCAAGGGACUGGUUUACAUAAAAGUACUGUUGGGGGAGUUUGGGCUUUAGCAGAAAGUCACAUAAACCAUUAAAUACUAUUGGUUAAAAUGUGUUUGUUGGCCUGGGCUCAUUGUGACUGGAUUUUGCGUCACCGUUUGUUUUUUCUUUGAUUUACAGUGCAGCUGAAAAUGUAUUCAUGAGCGUUUUGUCUGUACUUGGCAGUUUAUUGUGUUUUUCUUCAUAUAUUUGAUUUCACUAAAGA